CCUGUCCCAUCACUUCGUUUUUCAACUCUAAGUCCAAAAGAGUGAGUCCACUCCUUGCAUGACCACCAACCGGAAAGAAAGAAACAAAGAAAGAUUGAAAUGCACCAAUACAAUGGUUAUAUGAUGCCCACACGGAUUUAAGCCAAGAGAUGGCCUAUUCAAAGACAGCAUAGCAGAUGUUAUGAAUUUUGACAUAACCAGAAAGAAAAAUGUCACCAGGAGACUAUAUCCCUUUCCUAAAACAUUUUAUUUUUCAGGUUUCCUUUUCCUGAAGAGGGACUAUUGUCAACAGUCAAUGGCAGUUUUCUGAAAAUAGUUGUUCUAUGCUCAUAGCUCAAGUUUGGAAUCUUCCUUUUCUGCAGGAAAGUUCCAGAUGAAAGGGCAGGUUGCUUGACAGCCACACCACAAGAACAAAAUGGAAUGUGUGCACAUCAUUGGAAGGUUAAUCAAUUAAUUCUUUCAAAGAUAUAUACAAGAAGGAAGCAACAUUUAAGUUCAUUGAAGUGGAAAUGACAAGAUGUCAACUGUCGUUGCUUCAAUACAGUGAAUGGCACUGACCAGAUGCUAUCAAUAAGCCACCUCUGAGUAGUGGGUAUCAAGAUGUUGACUUAGCAAUUUGUUGCAACAUCAUUGUGAUUAGCUUUACUUAAACCAAUUGAAAACAGGAGUGAAAAAGAAUUCAUGAAUCCUAAUUAAAUUCCACAGCUUUUUAUCAACAAAAUAGAGCCUGAAUUUAAUAGAAUAACAAGCCAAACCACACAGAAACUAGGAAACAACAAAAGUCUCUUAGCCUCAUCCAGCUCUCAGGCCUUGCGGGAUUAUCAAAUGGUUUUUUUAUUUAAAUGUGCUUUUACAGUUUACAGCACUCCUGUUAAAAGGCAGUCAGAAGAAGAAACGGAUGCAAGUGCAACCCCUUUGUUUGGACUACAGGCCACAGAACAGAAGGAAAGCACAUCAAAGUAAAGAUGCCUGGGAAUCUUGGCAGAAAACAAUUGAGUAAACAAGAAGCUUAUGAGGAUGUAGCAAAAUAAAGUGAAAAGAUCAAGAUGCACACAGUACACUUAAUCAAUGGUGCCAUGGAUGAGGCAUCCUCAAUCUGAUUUGCUUACCUUUUCCUUUUCUUUCCCAUAGAGUGAUAUAAUUGAACCAGAGAUGGCUAUUGCAUCUUUCUAGGAAUUCUGCUGACUUUGUUAGGUCGCAGUCCCCAAAAGGAACUAAAAAUUUUAAAUGAAUGGCAUUGCCAUUACAAAUUAGAUGCCAAUUGAAAUGGAAUAUUAAGAGCUUUAAGUCCAACUUGCAUGGAAAAAGUCAAAGAAUCAUGUUAUGGUUUCCUUGGAGGACUCUUCAACUUUACUGAAAACAGAAUGUCCCCUCUAUAAAUAAAGAUUCACCAAUGGCAACCUAGCCCAAGACACCAAACACCCAUGCACACGCAACCUAUCAAGAUGAAAAGAGGCCUCCUGGUACUUUGGUCCUUGUUCUACUUCAGUGUUGCAAACGCUGACACUAGAAACCAGGCCAAGCAGCCUCUUGAGUUCAAUCAAUUGAGAGUAUCAAGGAAAUAUGUUCAAGGAAAACAAGAUUCAACUCCCAAGAACGGAACCAGUCCAUCAGUGCAUAGAGGCUCAACAAGCAAUCAACGGGAGCAGGAUAAGAUCGUAUGUAUGCCUGGGCAAACAGGGGUAGCAGAGUUUGACCAAUAUGCAGGAUAUGUGACUGUGGAUGCCAAGGCUGGAAGGGCUUUGUUCUACUAUUUUGUUGAGGCUCCUCAAGAUCCUUCAAACAAACCUCUUGUCCUAUGGCUGAAUGGAGGGCCUGGCUGUUCAUCCUUUGGAUCUGGGGCCAUGGUUGAACUUGGACCUUUCUCUGUUCAUAGUGACAACAAGACACUGUACAAGAAAAGGCAUGCAUGGAACAGAAUGGCCAACAUGUUGUUCAUUGAGAUCCCAGCUGGUGUUGGAUACUCAUAUUCAAACACUACAUCAGAUUACUAUAACACUGGUGACCAAAGAACAACAGAUGAUGCAUAUACCUUUCUUAUUACUUGGCUAGAGAAAUUUCCUGAAUAUCAGGACCGUGAUUUCUUCAUAACUGGUGAGAGCUAUGCAGGUCACUAUAUACCAGAACUUGCAAAUCUGAUUCUCUCUAAGAAUAGAGCCACCAAUGUAACUAGUAUCAAGCUUAAAGGUGUUGCGAUUGGAAAUGCAGACUUGGAUGAUAAUUUGACUCUAAGAGCAUCAUAUGACUACUAUUGGAUGCAUGCUAUGAUUUCGGGAAAAGCUUAUAAAGCCGUCAAGGAUAAGUGCGGCUUUAAUGGGACAUACACUGAAGACUGCCAAAAUGCCAUGGACUUAGCCACCCAAGAAAAAGGAAAUAUUGAUGACUAUGACAUCUAUGCACCAAUAUGCCAAGAUGCCUCAAACCCUUCUAAAUCAAGUGACUCGUUAGUGUUUGGUGAUCCAUGCACAAACCACUACGUCUCCUCUUACCUAAAUCGUCCUGAGGUCCAAAGGGCACUCCAUGCAAACACAACAGGGUUAGGCUACCCAUGGAUGGACUGUAGUCAGCAGAUAUUUGAUAAUUGGAAAGAUUCACCAGAGACAAUGCUGCCAUCAAUCAAGAAACUCAUUUCAAGUGGCACGAGAAUAUGGCUGUACAGUGGUGAUAUGGAUGCAGUGUGCUCAUUCAUUUCAACACAAUAUGUGCUGGACAAUCUUGGGCUUCCUAUAGAAGCAGCUUGGCGUCCAUGGCGCGUCGACAAUGAGGUUGCUGGCUACGUCAUUGGGUAUAAAGGGCUGGUCUUCGUGACGGUCAGAGGAGCUGGGCACAUGGUGCCAUACUACCAGCCUCGCAGGGCAUUGGCAUUAUUCUCGUCAUUCCUCGAAGGGGAGCUCCCUCCACGCUGAUCGAUUAAGCUAGCAGGGCUGGAGUUUUGGUAGAGUCAAUGCGAAGACAGUUCUUGAGAGGAGGAGGCAUGUAUGCAGAAGAUCGACCACAUCCACACUUGGUAGCCAAAUGCUGUUGCACAAAAGUGAACCUCCCUUUUGGGAACUUCAAAAACAUGGCAUGCAAGUCGGUUGUCUGCUUCCAUUCCAUUCACAUUUAACUUAGAAAUGAUACUUUAGCAGACACUGUUGUUAGUUCUACGUUUUUUUUUCUUCUUCAAUUUGGUCGAAAAAAAGUUGUGCCUGAACUUCGUCGAUCCUCUAUAUGCUUGUGACUAGUCCCUUCAAUCUGAAUAGAUGCUGGAAAACAAAGGGCUCUGAGCCCCGCAGCGAUCAUGGGUUUUUUUUC